UCCUUCCUAUUCUCCUCGUCAUCUUCCUGCUGCGCGUCCCUGCCAGCACAGCGCCGCCUCCCCUAACGGCCCCACCAUCUCCUCACAUCGUUAUCGUGUCACGGCCUCUCGGCCUCGCGCCCUUCUGAGCUGUCGUCGUCUCCCCCUCUCUCGCUCGGCUGUCGCCGCGGAUCUCCCUGCGUCGGCCGCAACGAUGGCCUCCUCAUCCGCCGCGGCGUCGGCCGCCGCCCUAGAGGCCGUGCAGGUGCUCGUCGCCUCGCUCGCCGAUGACUCCCCAGUCGCCCGUGACGCCGCGCUCGCUGCCCUCCGCGACAUCGCGCCGUUGAACCCGAUGCUCAUCCUCGACUGCUGCGCCACCGUCUCCCGUGGCGGACGUCGGCGGUUUGGCAACAUGGCUGGGGUUUUUCUUGUCAUGGCAUCUGCAGUCAGGGCUCUCGAUCACUCUGACGCCGAGAGCGAGUUCCUCCGGAAAAUCGCGAAGAUUGCAACUGCUGAGAUUGUUACCUCAAAGGAAUUCAAUGUUGAUUGGCAAAGAGCAGCUGCUUGUCUUCUGGUUGCUAUAGGUUCACAUGAUCCAGACUUGAUGAUGGGGGAAAUUUUUCUUCACUUCUCUGGACCAACUUCUGCUCUGCCAGCCAUGUUACAAAUACUUGCAGAUUUUGCGUCUUCUGAAGCUUUGCAGUUCACCCCACGGUUGAAGGACGUGCUUUUGCGUGUUUUACCUAUCCUAGGAAGUGUGCGAGAUGGCCAACGGCCUGUUUUUGCGAAUGCAUUCAAGUGUUGGUGCCAGGCUGCAUGGCAGUACCUGGGAGAUGCCCCCUCUGAGCUUCCUCUUGAUAACGAUGUUAUGUCCUUCAUGAAUUCAGUAUUUGAGUUACUUAUAAAAGUAUGGACAGGCUCACGUGAUCUAAAGGUGAGGUCGUCCUCUGUGGAGGCUUUGGGUGAAAUGGUUGGCCUGGUCACUAGGUCACAGUUGAAAUCAGCACUGCCAAGGAUUGUACCAACAAUGCUGGAUCUAUGUAAGAAAGAUCAAGAAGUUGCUUUUGUUGCAUCCCACAGUCUUCACAACCUUCUUAAUGCAUCAUUGUUGUCUCAUAGUGGCCCCCCUUUACUUGAUUUUGAGGAGCUUACUGUUAUCUUAGUUACGCUUCUUCCUUUAGUAUCUGCCAAUAACAACAAAGAUGAGCAUUAUGUUUCAAAGGGACUGAAGACAUACAAUGAGCUCCAGCAUUGCUUUUUGGUAAUUGGUUUAGCAUAUCCUGAAGAUCUUUGCAUGUUCCUUUUGAGUAAAUGCAAAUCAAAAGAUGAAGCAUCUAUUGUUGGAGCGCUUAGCACAAUCAAACACCUAUUGCCCAGAUUGUUGGAAUCAUGGCAUACUAAACAAGCACCACUGGUUGAAAUCAUGAAAUCACUUCUAGAGCAACAGAGCUUGGGUAUUCGUAUGGCGCUAGCUGAGCUAAUUGUUGUUAUGGCUUCACACUGCUAUUUAAGUGGACAUCCUGCUGAGUUGGCAGUUGAGUUCCUGCUGCGGCAUAGUGCUAUAACUGAUGCCGAUCUAAAUGACCUCGGCACUCUGAGAAAUGAGUACUUCCAGGACAAAAGAUUUGAGAUGAAAGUAAGUCUUGCUGGCUUAUCAGAACUAAGAGCUGUGUGUGAAAAGGGUCUACUUUUGCUAGCAAUCACCAUUCCUGAAAUGGAGCUUGUUCUAUGGCCGUUCAUCUUGAAGUUGAUAAUCCCAAAGAAGUAUACGGGUGCAGUAGCUACGGUCUGCAAAUGCAUAACUGAAUUGUGCAGGCAUAAAUUUUCACAUACAAACCCACUAUAUACUGAAUUUAAUGCCUCCAACGAAACCCCCAAUCCUGAGGAUUUGUUUGCUCGUUUGGUUGUGCUUCUGCAUAAUCCACUUGCUAGGGGUCAACUGGCCACCCAGAUCCUGACGGUUCUGUGCUACUUGGGUCCACUUUUCCCCAGAAACCUUUCUUUAUUUUGGCAAGAUGAGGUCCCUAAGAUGAAAGCUUACAUCAGUGAUCCUGAAGACCUAAAGCAAGAUAGCACAUACCAGGAAAAAUGGGAUGACAUGAUAAUAAAUUUUUUGGCAGAAUGUUUGGAUGUUGUGAAUGAUACUGAGUGGGUCAUUUCUUUGGGUGAUGCAUUUGCACGGCAGUAUGAUCUGUAUUCUAUAUCUGACGGACACGCUGCUUUGCUGCACAGAUGCUUGGGAAUGCUUCUUCAGAAGGUUGAUGAUAGGAUUUAUGUCAGCGAGAAGAUUGAUUGGAUGUGUAGACACUCAAGUAUGUCUAUUCCUAUUAAUCGCCUUGGACUUGCUCAAGGCAUCGGGCUGGUUGCGGCUUCUCAUUUAGAUACAGUGUUGGAGAAACUGAAGAACAUACUAGAUAGUGCAGAGCAAAGUGCUUUCCAGAGGUUCCUCUCAUUUUUCUCAUUCGGCCCAAAAGUGGAAGAUGUUGAUGACACAUAUGCAGCAUUGGCGUUGAUGUAUGGUUAUGCCGCAAGAUAUGCUCCAUCAACUGUUAUUGAAGCCAGAAUUAAUGCACUUGUGGGGAGUAAUAUGCUUGGAAGGUUGCUUCAUGUUCAGCAUCCUACUGCAAAGCAAGCUGUGAUUACUGCAAUCGACCUUUUAGGUCGAGCUGUUAUUAGUGCUGCUGAAAUGGGAAUCUCAUUCCCACUGAAACGAAGAGAUCAGUUACUGGAGUACGUUUUAACUCUAAUGGGUAGGGAUCAAAGUAAUGAUCUCACUGAUUUCAACACUGAGCUUUUGCACACACAGAGCCUUGCUUUAAGUGCCUGUACUACUCUUGUCUCGCUAGAACCAAGAUUGCCAAUGGAAACAAGAAACCGUGUCAUGAAGGCAACAUUAGGUUUUUUUGCUUUGCCAACAGAGCCCUCAAGCAUUGUUGAGAGUCUCGUAACAAACCUAAUUAUUCUGUUAGGUGCCAUCCUGCUUACAAGUGGUGAAGAUGGUCGAAGUCGAGCAGAGCAGUUGCUGCAUAUUCUUAGGCAGCUUGAUCCAUAUGUAUCAUCAUCUCUGGAACACCAAAGAAGAAGAGGAUGUGUUGCUGUACAGGAGGUGUUAAUAAAGUUUCGCAAUCUUUGUUCUGGUGGAUUCGGUGCAUUGGGCUCCUAUCCAACUUUCACAAUGAAUAAACAAAUCGAUCGAGGGACUAGGAGCUUGUCAAGUUUGCCAUCUGCAUUUGUGUUGCCUAGUCGAGAUUCUUUAAGCUUGGGAGAGAGGACAAUGGCAUACCUUCCUCGUUGUGCUGAUACAGACACGGAAGUUAGGAAAGUUGCAAUUCAGAUCAUUGCACUUUUCUUCGACAUUUCAUUGUCACUUCCAAAGCAGAAGGCAUAUCCUAAUGAUAUUGAUCUGGAAUCCUCGUAUAGUGCUUUGUCCUCCCUUGAGGAGUUAGUCUCUAUUGUCAGAAGGGAGGCAUCUGUUGAUCAAACUGAACUAUUUCAGAGGGUUGUAUCCUCAGUGUGUAUUCUAUUAUCAAAGGAUGAGCUGGUCGUCUUGCUACACUCUUGUACGUUGGCAACAUGUGAUAAGAUAAAACAGUCAGCAGAUGCUUCAAUUCAAGCUAUUAUCAUGUUUAUUAUCAGAAGAGGCAAGGAGCUACGUGAAGCUGAUGUCUCGAGGACAACUCAAUCUUUGCUCUCAUCUGCUAUUUCUCUUACUGACACACACUCACGCCAAGAGGUUCUGAAUGCUAUAUCAUGCCUAGCAGAAAACACCAAUCACGUUGUGGUCUUUGAUGAGGUUCUAUCUGUGGCUGGAAAAGAUAUCUGUACAAAAGACAUACCAAGGAUUCGUGGAGGCUGGGCCAUACAGGAUGUUUUUUAUGCAUUUUCCCAGCACAAGGAGCUUGCACUUCUAUUCCUGGAGUACACUUUAUCUAUACUUCACAAAGAACCUGUCAUAAUAAACAGUUCUGAGAAGGGGGAGAGUACCUCUGAGUCAUUGGCUGAUGACUGUAUUCUACAGGCAACUAUGUUUGCUCUCAAUGCAUUUAUGAGAGGUGGUGGGAAGAUUGGGAAACAAGCAGUUGAGAAAAGUUACCCUUCUGUUCUUUCGGGCCUUAUACUGAAGCUCGGAAGUCUUAAUGGUGUUGCUGAAUUGGGCCGAAAUGAACUUCUACGAUCGUUGUUAAUUGCAUUUCAGUCAUUUUGCGAAUGUGUUGGUGAUGUAGAAAUGGGAAAGCUAUUAGCUCGAGAUGGGGAACAAACUGAGAAGGACAAAUGGAUCGAGCUUGUUCAGGAAAUCGCAUGCAGUUCCUCAGUAAAACGACCAAAAGAUGUUCUGCCAACUUGUGUUAUCUUGUGUAAUGCUCUCAACCGAAAUCAGAGGGCUGAAAGGGAGGCUGCUGCUGCUGCACUAUCAGAAUUUAUCCACCACAUUGAAAAAGAACCUACAUUGCUUGAACAAAUGGUUGAGGAAAUGUGUCAACAUGUUUCUGAUGAUUCACCAACUGUCAGGAGCCUCUGUUUGCGUGGACUUGUGCAGGCUCCUGAGAGCCACAUGCUUAAAUACAUCCAGCAAGUGUUAGGAGUAAUAUUAGCACUUCUUGAAGACCCCAACGAGUCUGUUCAAUUAACUGCUGUCCAAUGCUUGUUAAAUGUCCUUAAUUUGUCAGAACAAGAUGCUGUUGGUCCAAUCUUAAUAAAUCUCUUAGUAAGGCUGCGAAAUCUUCAGGUCUCAAUGAAUACGAAAAUGAGGUCCAAUGCGUUUGCAGCUUAUGGUGCUUUAAGUGCAUAUGGUGUUGGUUUGCAGCGCACUGCUUUUAUUGAGCAGAUACAUGCUACCCUUCCCCGUCUGAUCCUCCAUCUUCACGAUGAUGACCUAAGUGUUCGUCUUGCCUGUCGGAACACAUUCCAGCUCCUUGCGACAUUGAUGGAAGUAGAGGGCUUGUCUGUGCUCCUCAGCAAGCAGUAUUUUGCUUCUGAUCGCCGUUCUGACUAUGAGGACUUCAUUAGAGACUUAACAAGACAACUUUGUCGGUUGUCUCCCGCCAGAGUCGACAGCUACCUAGAAUCGGCUAUCCAGGCAUUCGAUGCACCUUGGCCAGUCAUAAGAGCAAACGCAGUUUGUUUGGUGAGUUGCAUGCUAUCCUUUUUGGAUGAUCAGCGAUUCAUUGCUCCUUAUUUCUCCCAGGUAUUUGCUACGUUGGUUGGUAGAAUGAGCCAAUCGCCAGACGCAAUUGUUCGAGCAUCAGCAUCGUCUGCGCUGGGCAUUCUGAUCAAGAGAUCUAACAUGCUGAGGUCACUGGUUUCACGAUAUGAUCGAGCAGAUUCAUCACGCAAUUCCCAGAGCGGUGAUUCUAACACCAAGACACCAUCAGAGUUUCAAGAACAGGCAGAAGGAAAUCCGAAUGAUGGCGCAAGUGGAGCGGCAAUAAAGGGGACUGAAGCCGAUCACUGAUGUAAAUUUACUCGUAUAUACGUAUAGUGUUCUAGCUAUGCAUGCUUGUGUAUAUGCUGUACUUCCCUCGCAAAUAGGAACAGGAGAGCAAAUUUAUGCUGCCAUGUCAAUAGAUCUUCAGUACACCUGUAAAGCAACCACUCACAGUUAGAUGAUUAUUUAUUGAAUCAAAUAUUAUUUAUAUAUUGAAUUGAAUUUUCUUCGA